CAGGUCUCGGGCCCUCAGGUGGAGCGGCGGGCGCCGGACCCCCAGGCGGAGCGACAGGUCUCGGGCCCUCAGGCGGAGCGGCGGGCGCCGGACCCCCAGGUGGAGCGACAGGUCUCGGGCCCUCAGGCGGAGCGGCGGGCGCCGGACCCCCAGAUGGAGCGACAGGUCUCGGGCCCUCAGGCGGAGCGGCGGGCGCCGGACCCCCAGGCGGAGCGACAGGUCUCGGGCCUUCAGGCGGAGCGGCGGGCGCCGGACCCCCAGGCGGAGAGACAGGUCUCGGGCCCUCAGGCGGAGCGGCGGGCGCCGGACCCCCAGGCGGAGCGACAGGUCUCGGGCCCUCAGGCGGAGCGGCGGGCGCCGGACCCCCAGGCGGAGCGACAGGUCUCGGGCCCUCAGGCGGAGCGACAGGUCUCGGGCCCCCAGGUGGGGUGGCGGGCGCCGGACCCCCAGGCGGAGCGGCGGGCGCCGGACCCCCAGGCGGAGCGACAGGUCUCGGGCCCCCAG